UGAAAUCAGUCGACCGAUAUUUUUUGGAAAUACAACACAAAUAUUUGCUUUUUGCAAAUAAAUUUUUAAGUAAAAAUAUACAAAGAACAAAAAAACCGAUAAAUAAAACGCGUUUAUUUUGUGUGAAUACAGUGAACUUAAAGCAACAACUACACACAACACACAAAAAAACACAAAUAUAUUCUUAGAAAAGAGAAUUUAAUUAUACAUUUGUUGUUUAAUCUAAAACGAUAAUUACGGAUUAAAGUGCAAAAAAUACAAAAGAAUUUUAUAAGUUUAAUAAAAUUAAAGGCAAAAUCAAAAUUAAAUAAUAUUAAAGUGAAGUGUGCUCAAGUGAAUUUCAUAAAAAAAAGCCACAGAAUAAAAGGAAAAAAAAAACGUGCAAAAGAAAUAAUUGUUAACUAGUAAAUUAUUUAAAAGUAAAACAAACCAACUACGCAAUUUAUACUUCAAUAAUUUUCUUUUUAAGUAAAAGCGGCAAUAUUUUUAUUUUCUUUUAAUAAUCAUUAUAAGAAAUUUAUGCGUGUCUGCAUCUUGUAAUUCUUCUUCUUCAGCACCAGCAGCCAUAACGACAACAAUAAAAAAAGAUUUUACCGUAUAAUUUUUGCCAAAUUUUACAAAAACAAUAACAAAAGAAAAAACUAAAAAAAAAAAUACAAAAACAAAUACGUUGUCAAAAUCAUUAAAUACAGACACAAGCUCGGGGCCAUUUGUUGGCCAACGAGGUCAUUGUUAUUUAUUAAAACCAAAUAAGAAGCAAAAUAAAAAAAGUAUUCAGAAAAAAAAUAUAUAUUUAAAAUUUAAAAAGAAAUAAAACAAAAGACCAAUAAAUGCUUCUUGAGGAAGUAAAAUAAAUAACAACAACAGUAGAAAUAUUGCGUUCCAAAAGUUAUAACGAGGAAUACAUACCACCGUUGCUAACGACGCAUUUCUGGACAUUUGAUUAAGGAAAGAAAACGAAAAAAAAAACAAUCGUUAAAUCCAAACAAGGAGAAGACAACGUUAUUGAACUGUGGAACAGUUCGAAAAACAGUGUAUCAUACAUUUUAUACAUUAAGGGGUAGGAGGUCGGUCGGUCAGUUUUUCCAAACAAUUUGGCUUUGUUUUACGCCUACGCGGCCUCAAUUUUUCUGUCCAACAACAACAUCAUCAGCAUCAGCAACAAUAACAAAUACAAAAAUUGUUAUUGUUAAAAGCAAUCAACAACAAAACAUACGCAGAGAGAGUGACCUCCCCAAACAUCAUCCAUCCUCUUUCUCCUUUAGCUAUAAAUAAAACGCAUCAUUCAAAAUGAUCUCGAAUAAAAAAUACGCAAUGAAAAUGUUGCAAUUGGCUUUGGCCUUAAGUCUGCUGAAUGUCGAUCCCGACAAUUAUUUGCAGCAAAGACUACGCAAUUGGGAUUCUCAACUAGAGUUACGGGAUGGCGAUGGUUGGGAAUUGGAAAUGUUACGGGCCGUGCCCAUGGUGGAAUAUCCAUAUGCGAAUCGCAAGACUAUGAUGCCUUUAAUCGAGGAUUUAAUACGUUUCGAUCGGCAAAGUGAUCAUCUGGCGAAUCAAUAUAAUGUUACAGCAUAUUUGCUAAAUGUUUCCAAUGAAAAUUCCAAUCAAACGGCAGCCAUGCAAGAAAUGCAAGCUAUACCAGCAACAUCUUCAAAUAAUAAUCCCUCUUCAGGUUCUUCGGCGACAACAACAAGUUCGUCUGCUUUAGAUUCUAGCACAGCUACGGUUAGUUCUGUUGUUACCGCUCCGGGGGCUACGAAUGCAAGUCAUAUCAGUAACUUCGAUAAUUCUGAAAUGGAAUUAUUUUUAAAUGCGGAAAAUUUCCAAGAUCAACGUACGGUAUGGGAACAAAAUUUGGCAGAUUUAAAUGAUUUCAAUGAUUUGCCUAUAUUGAAUUCUCAUUACGGCAAUUUGCCUCUUAAAGAUGGUCAACAGGAUAAUAAUCUAUUUGAUUUACAAUUGGAUGCUUUUCUACCAACUAUACGUAGUUCCGCAUCUACUUCCGAAUCCGAAGGUGCAGUAGCUUUAAACGAUACCUUUCCUAAUCCUGACGAAGAAGUUGCUAUUAAAUUAGAACAAUUAGAUGAUGAAGAUGAUAAGGCCCUAUUAAUGGGUGUUAUGGAUACUAGAGCAGUUACAGCUUUGUCAACGGAUGAGGUGGCAAUUAAACAGGUUUCAGUUAAGAAAGAAGAACCCGAUGAAUCAGCUGAAGACAGCGGUAUAGAGGCAGUCACAGAUAGUGAAGUAGAUUUAAGUCCUUUCAUCAAUACAGUGGAAUUAACUAAAGAGGAAAGCGAAAUUGUUGAAGUUUUAUGGAAACAAGAUGUCGAUUUGGGCUAUAGUCUUACACCCGCCCAAUUGGCUGAUGCUGGUACUUCAGCUAAAGCUUUGCAAUCAUCUAACGCUAAUGACGACGAUAUCGAAAAGUUGAAAGCUUUAGAAUCACUCAAAUUAGAUAAUUCAAAGUAUGAUCCAAAAGACAUUGAUGACAACGAUGAUGAUAAUCAUUUGGGAGAUGAAUGGGCUGGCAUACCAUUUACUAUUGAUAAUGAAACUGGUGAAUACAUUCGUUUGCCUUUGGACGAUAUACUUAACGACGUUAUACAAUUUGCUGAAUUGGCUGGUGAAGAGGAGGACGAUACUGGUGCCAGUACCUCAAAAGCGGCUGCAGCCAAUAACAACAACAACAGCAAUCUUUUGAAAUCGGAAAAAGAAGAACAAGAAGAUGAACAAAAAUCUACUGCAACAAUAAAAACUACUGCUGCUACUAAAACUGAAACUGACUUUGGCAAGGAUUAUAAAAGUGAAGGUGAUUUAAAAGACGAUCUAAAUAGUGACGAUAAUAAUAAAAGAAAAAACGGUACAGGAAAAGAAGACAAGAACAAAGCCGGCAGUGACGAAGACGACGACGACAACGAUAGCGAUCUGCCACAAUCAGAGAUCGAAGUCAGUUCUUUGCCAUCACCAUUGUUUGAUUUAGAUGACGAAGCAAAAGAAGAACUAGCUGAUUUAAGUAUGAUGUUACAUUCGUCAGCUCCGUUUGCUCCACAUCAUCAUCAUCAUCCGCAUGCACAUCAUGCACGUGCUGGUGGUGCUGUUGGUGGCGUGGGGGGUGUUCAAAACUAUGGUGGUGUAAAUAGUGCUUUUCAUCGUCAACCAAGUUCGGGUGGUUUCCAUCAUGGACAUCAUCAGGGUCGUAUGCCCUCUCUUAGUCGUGCCGUCUCCAUGGAACAUCGUUUUCAAGAUAUAGCCAGUCUUUUCAAUCCCAUGGGUGUUGUAGGUGGUGUAUCCGAAAUGUCUCCUUAUCCCCACUAUCCCUCACAUCCCUAUUCGUAUCAAAGUGGACCACAACAUGCUCAAUAUCCUCCACCACCACCACAUCCCCAUCAUCAUCAUCACGCCAUGUUACAUCCCAAUGCCUCUUUGGGUGAUUUGUGUUCGUCCCAGCCUCACUAUGGCCAUAAUUUGGGUUCUGCCGUUUCGUCUAGCAUGCAUUUGACAAAUUCCACUCACGAAUCAGAUGUUUCGGGUGUGGGUGCCGGUGCUGUGGGCGGUUCUGCUGCUGCAAAUAUUGGUGCUUAUAAAAUGGAACAUGAUAUGAUGUACUAUUCGAACGCUUCUUCGGAUAUGAAUCACACUACAGAUGGUUUUAUCAAUUCAAUUUUAAAUGAUGAAGAUUUACAUUUGAUGGAUAUGAAUGUUAAUGACAGUUUCUGCCGUAUGGUUGAUGUCAACAACAGUACCAGCAACAAUUCCUCGGUUUUGGGCAUUUCCAGCGGUCAUGCAAAUGCAGCUACUGGCUCAGCUAACGGUUCGACUAGUGGCAUUUCCAUGAGUGGCACAAAUGUAGGCGCCGCUGGUGGUGCCGCCGGCAUGACUAGCGAUUUGAUGAAUAGUGCCGGUGCUCAAGGUGGCACCGAUCGUUUAGAUGCCUCUAGCGAUAGUGCCGUCAGUUCGAUGGGAUCAGAGCGUGUACCCUCGUUGUCGGACGGCGAAUGGGGUGAGGGUAGUGAUUCGGCACAGGACUAUCAUCAGGGCAAAUAUGGUGGUCCCUAUGAUUACAGUUAUAAUAACUCGACUAGCAAUAAUCGUUUAAAUGAUGGCACUCGUCAACCUCCUGUGGCCCAGAAGAAACAUCAUAUGUUUGGCAAACGUUUCCUUAAUGAACAACCUGCUGUAAAUGCGGCAAAUGGUGCCAAUCCUGCUGCCACUGGUGUAAAUGGUGUGAUAAAUGGUCCUGCUCAUUCGAUUAAAUAUGAAUAUGAACCUUAUCCUCCGGUAGCUGGUCUACAUGAAAAUAUGGACAAUGGCCUGCAGGGUGGUGCCAUGGGUGGUCCCACUCUAAGCAAAGAACAUCAUACCUAUGGUGGUGCCUACUCCCUCGACUUCUCGGUACGCACUCCACGUACAGCCCAUGAAAUUGUCCAACAUAACCACACGUACACCCUGCCUCAGGGCUCGGGAUCACUACCACGCCCUCAGCAACGUGAUAAGAAAACGUCUACUUCAUCCUCGUCUACCAAAUCGUCCAAGUCUGCUCAUAAUAGUAGCGGCAGUGGCGGUGAGGAAGAUAAUUAUUUGACACGCGAUGAAAAACGGGCACGCGCCAUGAACAUUCCCAUACCGGUGACAGAUAUUAUUAAUCUACCCAUGGAUGAGUUUAAUGAACGUUUAUCGAAAUACGAUUUGAGUGAGAAUCAAUUGUCAUUGAUACGUGAUAUACGUCGUCGUGGCAAGAAUAAAGUAGCCGCUCAAAAUUGUCGUAAACGUAAACUGGAUCAGAUUUUAUCGCUAGAGGAUGAAGUGAAACAAGUGCGUCGUCGUAAAGAAGAUUUACAGGCACAACGUGAUCGUUUGUUUAAUGAACGGAAGCGUGUGUCAAAUAAGUUUGGUGCAUUGCAUAGACAUAUUUUCCAAUACUUACGCGAUCCGGAAGGCAAUCCGUGCUCACCAUCCGAAUACAGUUUACAGCAAGCUGCUGAUGGUUCAAUUUAUCUGCUGCCGCGCGAUGCUGCCAAUAAAAAUGACACCUCUAGCGGUGUUCUACAGCACGGCAGCACUGCAAAUGGCAGCUCUCAACCAACACACCAUCAGCAAAUGUCACAAACACAUACAAAUGCCCAUGUAGCCGGUGGCCACCAUCAUCCUCACCUGCAGCAACAGACUACCACUGCUGCCACAGCGGCCGCUGCAUCACUGGCUCACAGUCAUGUGCAGCCACAUCAUCAUCACCAUCAACAGACACAGCAACAUCUGCAUCAGCCAGGACAAACAACGCAUCCGCAUCCACAAACACAACAUAAUGGUGGUGGAGGAACGGCACAUCAGCAAAAGGAUUGAAAUUUAUUGUGGCAACACUAUGCAGCGCAUUGGUUUCAAAUUCAUCAUCAACAUCAUCGUCAUCAACAGAAACAGCAGCAACAAACCUCUAGUACUCAUGCUUUAGUACAUUGUAAUCCUCAUUAUCACCAUCAUCAUCACUCUCAAACUUCUCGUCACAAUCUUCAUUGUCAUCAAUCUCACUCUUCCCAUUAUUAUCAUCAUCCUGGGCAUUACGAGUCUACUUACUGUUGAACAUUUGUAUUCAGGGGUUUUAUAACUUUAUCAUCUUUCUUAUAUUUUAAUAGUUUUUUUUAUUUUUAUUAUUAUUUGUUAAUUGUUAAAUUAAGGUCGUAUAAAGUGUGGGUUAUGAGAAAAAACUGAUAAAAAUAAACAAAAAAAAGUUUUUUUUUAAUAAAAA